GAGUCGGAUGACACCCGCGCACGCACUGUGACCUGACCGAGUGAAACGCCGCCGAACAUUCUGAGAAUACGUAAAAGUGUGUGUGCAGUAGUAGUAGUGUUGGUGUGAAUUUUUUUUUUAUUUGUAUCCAGGUCCCCAUGAAGCGGUUGUCAUGCGCAUAGCGACGCUGAUUGCACUCGUGCAGCUGUCGCUCGCUACAGCUGUUUCAGACGAGUUCAACACCCUCACAGCGGCUGAGUUGAACCUACAACUCUCUCCUGAAAAUGCCCUGUCUCCAUUCUACGAGAGCUCUGAGGAAGGUGUCACCUUUGUCAGAGGCUCAAGAGCAGCCGACUCGCCAUUGUCACCAGACAUAGACGUUCAAUGUUCAAAUGAUUAUAUCGAUGUGACAGUAGAAUUCUCGGAUAUAUAUGAUGGAAUUAUUUAUAGUAAAGGAUAUUUGAGCGACCCUAAGUGCAAAUACGUGUCACUGGGAGGCAGCCAAUCUAGGUACUCAUUCCGAGUUCCCUUAAAUGGUUGCGGCUCUAGACCUCUCUGCAAUGCUUGCGGCACUAUCGACAACGUUCUCGUUUUCCAGGCUGAUGACUUCAUCCAGGGCUCAGCUGACUUUGCCCGAAAGAUAUCAUGUGUUCGAACAACCCUAGAAGUAUCAGCUGGAUCAGAUGGCAGUGCAGGUGCUGGAGCUUUAGCAGUUAGAGAUGAACAUACUCUAAAACUGAAGCCAUUUAUGGUUGACAUGUUAGAUAUAGUUGCUGUCCAAGGACCAGCUGGAGGUGUCGAGUGCUGGAUGGAUAUACAGAAGGGAGUGUUCCCUAAUACAACCCCGUUGAAAGAUUCGAUCAAGAUAGGCGAAUAUCUGACUAUUCUGGUGUACCUGAAAGACGUAAGAAACCAGUUCAAUCUGAAGAUACACGACUGCUGGGCCUAUGAUAGCGACAACUAUGACAGCCCCAAAACAAAUAAGAUUCAACUUACAGACAAACAAGGAUGUCCAAAGAAGAAGAAACUAAUUGAUUUGUGGCAGAAGUCAACAAACACAGGCAAGAGUGGAGCCACUUUAAUUGCAUACAGCAAAGUGAGCGCUUUCCGCUUCCCCGAGACUGAUCAAGUUUACCUAACGUGCAAUGUAGAGCUCUGCACAAGCAGUUGCGAUGCGAGCUGCGAUGGAAUUAUCAAGGAAGUGUCAACAACAAUCAGACCGGAUAGAUGUUAUCCGGGAUCAAGAGAGCCUGGAUGUCAAACAGCCACAGCGCCUCCACAAAUCAAAUGCUACCCUGGUUCGACAGACCCAAGGUGUCCUCAACCAACGACAUCGUCACCACUGAGAUGCUAUCCUGGCAGUAAUGACCCGCGUUGCCCCAAACCCACUACUCCUGAGGCACCCAGAUGCUACCCAGGAAGCUCCGACCCUCGCUGUCCUCAACCCACAACACCAGCUCCGCCAAGAUGUUUCCCGGGCUCGACAGACCCACGUUGUCCUAAACCUACCACUCCUGAAGCACCCAGAUGCUACCCAGGAAGCUCCGACCCUCGCUGUCCUCAACCCACAACACCAGCUCCGCCAAGAUGUUUCCCGGGCUCGACAGACCCACGUUGUCCUAAACCUACCACUCCUGAAGCACCCAGAUGCUACCCAGGAAGCUCCGACCCUCGCUGUCCUCAACCCACAACACCAGCUCCGCCAAGAUGUUUCCCGGGCUCGACAGACCCACGUUGUCCUAAACCUACCACUCCUGAAGCACCCAGAUGCUACCCAGGAAGCUCCGACCCUCGCUGUCCUCAACCCACAACACCAGCUCCGCCAAGAUGUUUCCCGGGCUCGACAGACCCACGUUGUCCUAAACCUACCACUCCUGAAGCACCCAGAUGCUACCCAGGAAGCUCCGACCCUCGCUGUCCUCAACCCACAACACCAGCUCCGCCAAGAUGUUUCCUGGGCUCGACAGACCCACGUUGUCCUAAACCUACCACUCCUGAAGCACCCAGAUGCUACCCAGGAAGCUCCGACCCUCGCUGUCCUCAACCCACAACACCAGCUCCGCCAAGAUGUUUCCCGGGCUCGACAGACCCACGUUGUCCUAAACCUACCACUCCUGAAGCACCCAGAUGCUACCCAGGAAGCUCGGACCCUCGCUGCCCUCAACCAACCACACCUGAGGCACCUAAAUGUUUCCCUGGGUCCACAGACCAACGUUGUCCUAGACCAACUACUGCUAAGCCGGUGUGUUACCCAGGAUCACCUGAUCCUAAAUGUCCGCAACCGUCGAGACCUACCACUCUGAACCCACCAACAUACCUUCCGCCGUCAACUGCAAUUCCGAGAUGCGACCCAGGAAGCUCUGACCCUCUCUGUCCUCAGCCCACAACACCAGCACCACCGAGGUGUUUCCCGGGAUCGACAGACUCACGGUGUCCCAAACCCACCACGCCUGAAGCACCUAGGUGCUACCCAGGAAGCUCCGAUCCUCGCUGUCCUCAGCCCACAACACCAGCACCACCAAGGUGUUUCCCGGGCUCAACAGACCCACGUUGUCCUAAACCCACUACUCCUGAGGCACCCAGAUGCUACCCAGGAAGCUCCGACCCUCGCUGUCCUCAGCCCACAACACCAGCUCCGCCAAGAUGUUUCCCGGGCUCGACAGACCCACGUUGUCCUAAACCUACCACUCCUGAAGCACCCAGAUGCUACCCAGGAAGCUCCGACCCUCGCUGUCCUCAGCCCACAACACCAGCUCCUCCAAGAUGUUUCCCGGGCUCGACAGACCCACGUUGUCCUAAACCUACCACUCCUGAAGCACCCAGAUGCUACCCAGGAAGCUCCGACCCUCGCUGUCCUCAACCCACAACACCAGCUCCGCCAAGAUGUUUCCCGGGCUCGACAGACCCACGUUGUCCUAAACCUACCACUCCUGAAGCACCCAGAUGCUACCCAGGAAGCUCCGACCCUCGCUGUCCUCAACCCACAACACCAGCUCCGCCAAGAUGUUUCCCGGGCUCGACAGACCCACGUUGUCCUAAACCUACCACUCCUGAAGCACCCAGAUGCUACCCAGGAAGCUCCGACCCUCGCUGUCCUCAACCCACAACACCAGCUCCGCCAAGAUGUUUCCCGGGCUCGACAGACCCACGUUGUCCUAAACCUACCACUCCUGAAGCACCCAGAUGCUACCCAGGAAGCUCCGACCCUCGCUGUCCUCAACCCACAACACCAGCUCCGCCAAGAUGUUUCCUGGGCUCGACAGACCCACGUUGUCCUAAACCUACCACUCCUGAAGCACCCAGAUGCUACCCAGGAAGCUCCGACCCUCGCUGUCCUCAACCCACAACACCAGCUCCGCCAAGAUGUUUCCCGGGCUCGACAGACCCACGUUGUCCUAAACCUACCACUCCUGAAGCACCCAGAUGCUACCCAGGAAGCUCGGACCCUCGCUGCCCUCAACCAACCACACCUGAGGCACCUAAAUGUUUCCCUGGGUCCACAGACCAACGUUGUCCUAGACCAACUACUGCUAAGCCGGUGUGUUACCCAGGAUCACCUGAUCCUAAAUGUCCGCAACCGUCGAGACCUACCACUCUGAACCCACCAACAUACCUUCCGCCGUCAACUGCAAUUCCGAGAUGCGACCCAGGAAGCUCUGACCCUCGCUGUCCUCAGCCCACAACACCAGCACCACCGAGGUGUUUCCCGGGAUCGACAGACUCACGGUGUCCCAAACCCACCACGCCUGAAGCACCUAGGUGCUACCCAGGAAGCUCCGAUCCUCGCUGUCCUCAGCCCACAACACCAGCACCACCAAGGUGUUUCCCGGGCUCAACAGACCCACGUUGUCCUAAACCCACUACUCCUGAGGCACCCAGAUGCUACCCAGGAAGCUCCGACCCUCGCUGUCCUCAGCCCACAACACCAGCUCCGCCAAGAUGUUUCCCGGGCUCGACAGACCCACGUUGUCCUAAACCUACCACUCCUGAAGCACCCAGAUGCUACCCAGGAAGCUCCGACCCUCGCUGUCCUCAGCCCACAACACCAGCUCCUCCAAGAUGUUUCCCGGGCUCGACAGAUCCACGUUGUCCUAAACCUACCACUCCUGAAGCACCCACAUGCUACCCAGGAAGUUCCGACCCUCGCUGUCCUCAGCCCACAACACCAGCUCCGCCAAGAUGUUUCCCGGGCUCAACAGACCCACGGUGUCCCAAACCCACCACGCCUGAAGCACCUAGGUGCUACCCAGGAAGCUCCGAUCCUCGCUGUCCUCAGCCCACAACACCAGCACCACCAAGGUGUUUCCCGGGCUCAACAGACCCACGUUGUCCUAAACCCACUACUCCUGAGGCACCCAGAUGCUACCCAGGAAGCUCCGACCCUCGCUGUCCUCAGCCCACAACACCAGCUCCGCCAAGAUGUUUCCCGGGCUCGACAGACCCACGUUGUCCUAAACCUACCACUCCUGAAGCACCCAGAUGCUACCCAGGGAGCUCCGACCCUCGCUGUCCUCAGCCCACAACACCAGCUCCUCCAAGAUGUUUCCCGGGCUCGACAGACCCACGUUGUCCUAAACCUACAACUCCUGAAGCACCCACAUGCUACCCAGGAAGCUCCGACCCUCGCUGUCCUCAGCCCACAACACCAGCUCCGCCAAGAUGUUUCCCGGGCUCGACAGACCCACGGUGUCCCAAACCCACCACGCCUGAAGCACCUAGGUGCUACCCAGGAAGCUCCGACCCUCGCUGUCCUCAGCCCACAACACCAGCUCCGCCAAGAUGUUUCCCGGGCUCGACAGACCCACGUUGUCCUAAACCUACCACUCCUGAAGCACCCAGAUGCUACCCAGGAAGCUCCGACCCUCGCUGUCCUCAGCCCACAACACCAGCUCCGCCAAGAUGUUUCCCGGGCUCGACAGACCCACGUUGUCCUAAACCUACCACUCCUGAAGCACCCAGAUGCUACCCAGGAAGCUCCGACCCUCGCUGUCCUCAGCCCACAACACCAGCUCCUCCAAGAUGUUUCCCGGGCUCGACAGAUCCACGUUGUCCUAAACCUACCACUCCUGAAGCACCCACAUGCUACCCAGGAAGUUCCGACCCUCGCUGUCCUCAGCCCACAACACCAGCUCCGCCAAGAUGUUUCCCGGGCUCAACAGACCCACGGUGUCCCAAACCCACCACGCCUGAAGCACCUAGGUGCUACCCAGGAAGCUCCGAUCCUCGCUGUCCUCAGCCCACAACACCAGCACCACCAAGGUGUUUCCCGGGCUCAACAGACCCACGUUGUCCUAAACCCACUACUCCUGAGGCACCCAGAUGCUACCCAGGAAGCUCCGACCCUCGCUGUCCUCAGCCCACAACACCAGCUCCGCCAAGAUGUUUCCCGGGCUCGACAGACCCACGUUGUCCUAAACCUACCACUCCUGAAGCACCCAGAUGCUACCCAGGAAGCUCCGACCCUCGCUGUCCUCAGCCUACAACACCAGCUCCGCCAAGAUGUUUCCCGGGCUCGACAGACCCACGUUGUCCUAAACCCACCACUCCUGAGGCACCCAGAUGCUACCCAGGAAGCUCGGACCCUCGCUGCCCUCAACCAACCACACCUGAGGCACCUAAAUGUUUCCCUGGGUCCACAGACCAACGUUGUCCUAGACCAACUACUGCUAAGCCGGUGUGUUAUCCAGGAUCACCUGAUCCUAAAUGUCCGCAAUCGUCGAGACCUACCACUCUGAACCCACCAACAUACCUUCCGCCGUCAACUGCAAUUCCGAGAUGCGACCCAGGAAGCUCUGACCCUCGCUGUCCUCAGCCCACAACACCAGCUCCGCCAAGAUGUUUCCCGGGCUCGACAGACCCACGUUGUCCUAAACCCACCACUCCUGAGGCACCCAGAUGCUACCCAGGAAGCUCGGACCCUCGCUGCCCUCAACCAACCACACCUGAGGCACCUAAAUGUUUCCCUGGGUCCACAGACCAACGUUGUCCUAGACCAACUACUGCUAAGCCGGUGUGUUAUCCAGGAUCACCUGAUCCUAAAUGUCCGCAAUCGUCGAGACCUACCACUCUGAACCCACCAACAUACCUUCCGCCGUCAACUGCAAUUCCGAGAUGCGACCCAGGAAGCUCUGACCCUCGCUGUCCUCAGCCCACAACACCAGCACCACCGAGGUGUUUCCCGGGAUCGACAGACCCACGGUGUCCCAAACCCACCACGCCUGAAGCACCUAGGUGCUACCCAGGAAGCUCCGAUCCUCGCUGUCCUCAGCCCACAACACCAGCACCACCAAGGUGUUUCCCGGGCUCAACAGACCCACGUUGUCCUAAACCCACUACUCCUGAGGCACCCAGAUGCUACCCAGGAAGCUCCGACCCUCGCUGUCCUCAGCCCACAACACCAGCUCCGCCAAGAUGUUUCCCGGGCUCGACAGACCCACGUUGUCCUAAACCUACUACUCCUGAAGCACCCAGAUGCUACCCAGGAAGCCCCGACCCUCGCUGUCCUCAGCCCACAACACCAGCUCCUCCAAGAUGUUUCCCGGGCUCGACAGACCCACGUUGUCCUAAACCUACCACUCCUGAAGCACCCACAUGCUACCCAGGAAGCUCCGACCCUCGCUGUCCUCAGCCCACAACACCAGCUCCGCCAAGAUGUUUCCCGGGCUCAACAGACCCACGGUGUCCCAAACCCACCACGCCUGAAGCACCUAGGUGUUACCCAGGAAGCUCCGAUCCUCGCUGUCCUCAGCCCACAACACCAGCACCACCAAGGUGUUUCCCGGGAUCGACAGACCCACGGUGUCCCAAACCCACCACUCCUGAGGCACCCAGAUGCUACCCAGGAAGCUCCGACCCACGCUGUCCUCAGCCCACAACACCAGCACCACCAAGGUGUUUCCCGGGAUCGACAGACCCACGGUGUCCCAAACCCACCACGCCUGAAGCACCUAGGUGCUACCCAGGAAACUCCGAUCCUCGCUGUCCUCAGCCCACAACACCAGCACCACCAAGGUGUUUCCCGGGCUCAACAGACCCACGUUGUCCUAAACCUACCACUCCUGAAGCACCCAGAUGCUACCCAGGAAGCUCCGACCCUCGCUGUCCUCAGCCAACAACACCAGCUCCGCCAAAAUGUUUCCCGGGCUCAACAGACCCACGUUGUCCUAAACCUACCACUCCUGGAGCACCCAGAUGCUACCCAGGAAGCUCCGACCCUCGCUGUCCUCAGCCCACAACACCAGCACCACCAAGGUGUUUCCCGGGCUCGACAGACCCACGUUGUCCUAAACCUACCACUCCUGAAGCACCCAGAUGCUACCCAGGAAGCUCCGACCCUCGCUGUCCUCAGCCAACAACACCAGCUCCGCCAAAAUGUUUCCCGGGCUCAAUAGACCCACGUUGUCCGAAACCCACCACUCCUGAGGCACCCAGAUGCUACCCAGGAAGCUCGGACCCUCGCUGCCCUCAACCAACCACUCCAAAACCAACCACACCUGAGGCACCUAAAUGUUUCCCUGGGUCCACAGACCAACGUUGUCCUAGACCUACUACUGCUAAGCCGGUGUGUUACCCAGGAUCACCUGAUCCUAAAUGUCCGCAACCGUCGAGACCUACCACUCUGAACCCACCAACAUACCUUCCGCCGUCAACUGCAAUUCCGAGAUGCGACCCAGGAAGCUCUGACCCUCGCUGUCCUCAGCCCACAACACCAGCACCACCAAGGUGUUUCCCGGGAUCGACAGACCCACGGUGUCCCAAACCCACCACCCCUGAGGCACCUAGAUGCUACCCAGGAAGUUCGGACCCUCGCUGUCCUCAGCCCACAACACCAGCACCACCAAGGUGUUUCCCGGGCUCGACAGACCCACGUUGUCCUAAACCUACCACUCCUGAAGCACCCAGAUGCUACCCAGGAAGCUCCGACACUCGCUGUCCUCAGCCCACAACACCAGCACCACCAAGGUGUUUCCCGGGAUCGACAGACCCACGGUGUCCCAAACCCACCACCCCUGAGGCACCUAGAUGCUACCCAGGAAGUUCGGACCCUCGCUGUCCUCAGCCCACAACACCAGCACCACCAAGGUGUUUCCCGGGCUCGACAGACCCACGUUGUCCUAAACCUACCACUCCUGAAGCACCCAGAUGCUACCCAGGAAGCUCCGACACUCGCUGUCCUCAGCCCACAACACCAGCACCACCAAGGUGUUUCCCGGGCUCAGCAGAUCCACGUUGUCCUAAGCCCACUACUCCUGAGGCACCCAGAUGCUAUCCAGGAAGCUCCGACCCUCGUUGUCCUCAGCCAACAACACCAGCUCCGCCAAAAUGUUUCCCAGGCUCGACAGACCCACGUUGUCCUAAACCUACCACUCCUGAAGCACCCAGAUGCUACCCAGGAAGCUCCGACCCUCGCUGUCCUCAGCCAACAACACCAGCUCCGCCAAAAUGUUUCCCGGGCUCAACAGACCCACGUUGUCCUAAACCCACUACUCCUGAGGCACCCAGAUGCUACCCAGGAAGCUCCAACCCUCGCUGUCCUCAGCCCACAACACCAACUCCGCCAAGGUGUUUCCCGGGAUCGACAGACCCACGGUGUCCCAAACCCACCACGCCUGAAGCACCUAGGUGCUACCCAGGAAGCUCCGACCCUCGCUGUCCUCAGCCCACAACACCAACUCCGCCAAGGUGUUUCCCUGGAUCAACAGACCCACGUUGUCCCAAACCCAUCACCCCGGAGGCACCCAGAUGCUACCCAGGAAGCUCCGACCCUCGCUGUCCUCAGCCCACAACACCAGCUCCCUCAAGGUGCUUCCCUGGUUCGAGUGACCCACGUUGUCCGAAACCCACCACUCCUGAGGCACCCAGAUGCUACCCAGGAAGCUCGGACCCUCGCUGCCCUCAACCAACCACUCCAAAACCAACCACACCUGAGGCACCUCAAUGUUUCCCUGGGUCCACAGACCAACGUUGUCCUAGACCAACUACUGCUAAGCCGGUGUGUUACCCAGGAUCACCUGAUCCUAAAUGUCCGCAAUCGUCGAGACCUACCACUCUGAAUCCACCAACAUACCUUCCGCCGUCAACUGCAAUUCCGAGAUGCUACCCAGGAAGCUCCGACCCUCGCUGUCCUCAGCCAACAACACCAGCUCCGCCAAAAUGUUUCCCAGGCUCGACAGACCCACGUUGUCCUAAACCUACCACUCCUGAAGCACCCAGAUGCUACCCAGGAAGCUCCGACCCUCGCUGUCCUCAGCCCACAACACAAACUCCGCCAAGGUGUUUCCCGGGCUCGACAGACCCACGUUGUCCUAAACCUACCACUCCUGAAGCACCCAGAUGCUACCCAGGAAGCUCCGACCCUCGCUGUCCUCAGCCUACAACACCAGCUCCGCCAAGAUGUUUCCCGGGCUCGACAGACCCACGUUGUCCUAAACCUACCACUCCUGAAGCACCCAGAUGCUACCCAGGAAGCUCCGACCCUCGCUGUCCUCAGCCCACAACACCUGCUCCUCCAAGAUGUUUCCCGGGCUCGACAGACCCACGUUGUCCUAAACCUACCACUCCUGAAGCACCCAGAUGCUACCCAGGAAGCUCCGACCCUCGCUGUCCUCAGCCCACAACACAAACUCCGCCAAGGUGUUUCCCGGGCUCGACAGACCCACGUUGUCCUAAACCUACCACUCCUAAAGCACCCAGAUGCUACCCAGGAAGCUCCGACCCUCGCUGUCCUCAGCCUACAACACCAGCUCCGCCAAGAUGUUUCCCGGGCUCGACAGACCCACGUUGUCCUAAACCCACCACUCCUGAGGCACCCAGAUGCUACCCAGGAAGCUCGGACCCUCGCUGCCCUCAACCAACCACACCUGAGGCACCUAAAUGUUUCCCUGGGUCCACAGACCAACGUUGUCCUAGACCAACUACUGCUAAGCCGGUGUGUUAUCCAGGAUCACCUGAUCCUAAAUGUCCGCAACCGUCGAGACCUACCACUCUGAACCCACCAACAUACCUUCCGCCGUCAACUGCAAUUCCGAGAUGCUACCCAGGAAGCUCCGACCCUCGCUGUCCUCAGCCCACAACACCAGCUCCGCCAAGAUGUUUCCCGGGCUCGACAGACCCGCGUUGUCCUAAACCUACCACUCCUGAAGCACCCAGAUGCUACCCAGGAAGCUCAGACCCUCGCUGUCCUCAGCCCACAACACCAGCACCACCAAGGUGUUUCCCGGGCUCAACAGACCCACGUUGUCCUAAACCCACUACUCCUGAGGCACCCAGAUGCUACCCAGGAAGCUCCGACCCUCGCUGUCCUCAGCCCACAACACCAGCUCUGCCAAGAUGUUUCCCGGGCUCGACAGACCCACGUUGUCCUAAACCUACCACUCCUGAAGCACCCAGAUGCUACCCAGGAAGCUCCGACCCUCGCUGUCCUCAACCCACAACACCAGCUCCGCCAAGAUGUUUCCCGGGCUCGACAGACCCACGUUGUCCUAAACCUACCACUCCUGAAGCACCCAGAUGCUACCCAGGAAGCUCCGACCCUCGCUGUCCUCAGCCCACAACACCAACUCCGCCAAGGUGUCUCCCUGGAUCAACAGACCCACGUUGUCCCAAACCCACCACUCCUGAGGCACCCAGAUGCUACCCAGGAAGCUCGGACCCUCGCUGCCCUCAACCAACCACUCCAAAACCAACCACACCUGAGACACCUAAAUGUUUCCCUGGAUCCACAGACAAACGUUGUCCUAGACCAACUACUGCUAAGCCGGUGUGUUACCCAGGAUCACCUGAUCCUAAAUGUCCGCAACCGUCGAAACCUACCACUCUGAACCCACCAACAUACCUUCCGCCGUCAACUGCAAUUCCGAGAUGCUACCCAGGAAGCUCCGACCCUCGCUGUCCUCAGCCCACAACACCAGCUCCGCCAAGAUGUUUCCCGGGCUCGACAGACCCACGUUGUCCUAAACCUACCACUCCUGAAGCACCCAGAUGCUACCCAGGAAGCUCCGACCCUCGCUGUCCUCAGCCCACAACACCAGCUCCGCCAAGAUGUUUCCCGGGCUCGACAGACCCACGUUGUCCUAAACCUACCACUCCUGAGGCACCCAGAUGCUACCCAGGAAGCUCCGACCCUCGCUGUCCUCAGCCCACAACACCAGCACCACCAAGGUGUUUCCCGGGCUCGACAGACCCACGUUGUCCUAAACCUACCACUCCUGAGGCACCCAGAUGCUACCCAGGAAGCUCCGACCCUCGCUGUCCUCAGCCCACAACACCAGCACCACCAAGAUGUUUCCCGGACUCGACAGACCCACGUUGUCCUAAACCUACCACUCCUGAAGCACCCACAUGCUACCCAGGAAGCUCCGACCCUCGCUGUCCUCAGCCCACAACACCAGCUCCGCCAAGAUGUUUCCCGGGCUCAACAGACCCACGGUGUCCCAAACCCACCACGCCUGAAGCACCUAGGUGUUACCCAGGAAGCUCCGAUCCUCGCUGUCCUCAGCCCACAACACCAGCUCCGCCAAGAUGUUUCCCGGGCUCGACAGACCCACGUUGUCCUAAACCUACCACUCCUGAGGCACCCAGAUGCUACCCAGGAAGCUCCGACCCUCGCUGUCCUCAGCCCACAACACCAGCACCACCAAGGUGUUUCCCGGGCUCGACAGACCCACGGUGUCCCAAACCCACCACGCCUGAAGCACCUAGGUGCUACCCAGGAAGCUCCGAUCCUCGCUGUCCUCAGCCCACAACACCAGCACCACCAAGGUGUUUCCCGGGAUCGACAGACCCACGGUGUCCCAAACCCACCACCCCUGAGGCACCUAGAUGCUACCCAGGAAGCUCCGACCCCCGCUGUCCUCAGCCCACAACACCAGCACCACCAAGGUGUUUCCCGGGAUCGACAGACCCACGGUGUCCCAAACCCACCACCCCUGAGGCACCUAGAUGCUACCCAGGAAGCUCCGACCCUCGCUGUCCUCAGCCCACAACACCAGCUCCGCCAAGAUGUUUCCCUGGAUCUACAGACCCACGUUGUCCCAAACCCACCACUCCUGAGGCACCCAGAUGCUACCCAGGAAGCUCGGACCCUCGCUGUCCUCAGCCCACAACACCAGCUCCCCCAAGAUGCUUCCCUGGUUCGAGUGACCCACGUUGUCCGAAACCCACCACUCCUGAGGCACCCAGAUGCUACCCAGGAAGCUCGGACCCUCGCUGUCCUCAGCCCACAACACCAGCUCCCCCAAGAUGCUUCCCUGGUUCGAGUGACCCACGUUGUCCGAAACCCACCACUCCUGAGGCACCCAGAUGCUACCCAGGAAGCUCGGACCCUCGCUGCCCUCAACCCACAACACCAACUCCGCCAAGAUGUUUCCCGGGAUCAACUGACCCACGUUGUCCUAAACCCACCACUCCUGAAGGACCCAGAUGCUAUCCAGGCAGUUCAGACCCCAGAUGUCCAAACCCGACGAUUCCGACACCUAGUUCCUGUUAUCCAGGUUCAAAAGAUCCAAAAUGUCCUCAACCAUUCGCCCCAAGCAGCACAAAUCCACCAUCCACGUAUCUACCACCAUUCCCUGAUGAAAACGAAAUAAAUGCCGACAAAAGAAUAUCUGCUAACGAAUUAUCGGAUGAUUCUCUUCUUGGCCCAGAUUUUUUCCAGUCCGAACGAACCAAGCCUAGGUCUAGAACAGCGAGAGACGUCAGUGGUAUUAGCGAAGCAGUAGCGAAUACGAGCAACGGGAUAUUUUUGGCAAUAGGGGCAACCGCUUUCAUGGUUCUCUCUGUUACACUGAUGAUUUACUUGUUAAAAUGCAGCAGGAAGGAAAACAGAAAGACCGCGAAUCCUAUUGCUAAAAUCGAAAACCUUUGUUAAUAUAGAACGUGUGUACAAAUGAAAUUUGUUAUUUUAAUGUGAUAUUAUGUUUUUAUACAGUUACGUUACCAUUCUUACAAGUACGAAAUGGCUGCGAUUUUUUUUUUUUAUAUUUUAUUUAGUAAACGACCUGUCACUGCCUACUUUUAGCUUUAUAUUUUUUCGGGCGCUUCAAAAUGCCUAUUUUAUAGUUACAUAAAAUAGUGCCAUACUGACUUGUAUUAAAGUAUUCUCAAAAGAUAUAUUAUGUAUGUAAUUCCUAGUCAAAGUAUAUAUUAUUUUGCAUUGUCAAUUUUUAAUGAAAACCUUGUAUGUACAUCUCAAACAUUUAUUAUUGUCAUUGAUUAACGAAUAUACUCAUUUGUGAUAUUUUUUUAUUGUAAAUAUAUUUUUUUUAUCUGUACAACUUUGUGGCCAUUCAUUAUUUAGAACUUAUAUACUCUGUAUCAUAAUUUUAUAUACAUUCUCUUAAAAAAAAUGUUAUAUAAUGUACACAUAAUUACGUACAUAGAAAAUCUCUUGUGUCAUGUGUUUUUAACGUCGGUCAUGAAUGGAAUGUCACAUUUGAUAACAGAGUUAUUGUUUUAUUGACACUUAAUUUAACGAACUAAAUUUGGACUACCCAACUUACGAUUCAGAGGCAAAAAACAUCAUGAUCGGUGUUGAGAUUAUCCACGUUGAGAAUGAAUAUAAAUAUAUUAAUAAUGUCAUUUUAAAUGUUAGCGCGAUUGCUUUUCGAGACAAUCUAAAUAAACAUUCUAUGAAUGUCUA